GUUCAUUCUUCACAUACAAGUUCUUGCUCCCAUCAGUACACACACACACCGCCGGGCUAGACAGCCAAAACAGCUCUCCCUUUCCUUUUUCCUUCCCUCCCUUCCUUCUCCAACCAGAGCUUUCUCGCUAGGGUUUACACUACAGUGAUAUAUAGUACUAGUACCGGCAGCCGUCGGUCGAUCACUGCACCAUUCUCCUGCUCUUGAGCAACUUCCUUGGCCACACCGCCGGCCGAAUUCCGGUGUGUGGCGUCAGGCGCGUUUGCUAGCUCGCUUAGCGCAAGGGUGGCCUUCCCGUCAGAUUCAGCCGACGAAGAGGCCAUGGUGGAAGCUAUUUGAGCUGAUUCUGAGGGAGGAAGUGUGAACUCUUUGGUGAUGCUUCCUGCUCCUGAAUUCUGCAGAUCGUUUGUUAAUUAGGUGUGAUCAUGAGCGGUGGCUAGCCUAAGAUGAUAAGCGGCAACCUCACAAAUGAAGAGCUGGCGGCCAGCAGGUGCACCAAGGCCGAGGGCCCGGCCGCCGGCGCCGUCGCCGUCGCCGCCAAGAGUCCCGCCGUGCCGAGCUCGCGACACUGGCCGCCGUCCACGGAGUCAAGGAUCGUGCGCGUCUCCCGGGUGUUCGGCGGCAAGGACCGGCACAGCAAGGUGAGGACGGUCAAGGGGCUGCGCGACCGGCGUGUGCGGCUGUCCGUGCCGACGGCGAUCCAGCUCUACGAUCUGCAGGACCGGCUGGGCCUCAGCCAGCCGAGCAAGGUGGUGGACUGGUUGCUCGACGCCGCGCAGCACGAGAUCGACAAGCUGCCGCCGCUCCAGUUCCCGCCGCAUGCGCAGGACCUCGUCGCCCACCUGCCCUCCUCCAUGAUGGCGCCGUUCGCCAACGGCGGCGGCGCCGACCGCGCCUCCGCCGCCGCAAACGCGACUACGGGUGCGGCGUCCGCGGCGAUGGUCGACGGCGACAAGCGCCACUGCCACGGCGCCGGCAUUAAGGGACUCAUGGGCCUCAACAAUCCCGUCGGCCUCGUCAACGGCGCCAUGCCGCUGGCUCACGGCUUGUACUACACGGCCGGCGAGCCUUGGGCCAAUGGCAAUUCCGUCCACGACCAGGUGAGCCAUCAUGGCACUUCGCCUCAGACGGUGGCUCACCACUCGCCGUUCUCAUCACUGCUGUCUCUCGCUCCGGGGCCUCAGCUCGUCUUCUACUCGCCGGAAGGCGGCGGUUUCGCCAUGAAAGAAGCCGCCGAUCAUCAGUUCCCUGUAGAUAACCUCGACCAUUCGCAAGGACAGCUCUCACUGAGCUCAGCAAGAAGCUUCCUUCACCCCGGCAGCCAGGGAUGAUGAUUAGGUCACUGAUCCCUACUGCUCCAAGAAGGUACGUAGAACAAUAAUGCUUGGUGGUAGUGGUAAUCGAGUACUCGUUCCGAGAUUCGUUAAGCUUGUGAUUGCAGUUUUUGAGAUGUUAUCCAAAUAGAGGACUCCAGAACUACGUAGAGCUGCUAGCAUGCAUAGUAAUUAAGGCCUUUUUGCAAGGCAUGCAAUGCAAUUCGUUGCUUCUUUUUUAUGCAAGGAAGUAACUGCUCAUGGUGUGUGUUGGUUUUGUAAUAACAAUUUGAUAUUUUUUGAAUUUGUUCUUACCUAGUUUGUGUCCUAGUUAGGACCUUUGCUUCUUGUUGAGCAAUGCUUGUUCCAUACCGAUAUGUUGAAGUUCUUCUUAUCCAUUAAUUUUCCCA